UCUUCACAAUAUGAAAAUGUUUUCUUCUACUUGUAAAUACUACCAUUCUACAGAAAUCAAUAACAAAGAGUUAAUCAGUUUCCACCAAUCAGACGACAGCUUUAAGUAGCGGGCUGAAAGCUUCUCACGGAUAGGUGCAAUUUGAGGGAUGCCCCUAUCACAAGCAGUCCGUCCAUAAAUAUAUCUGAUUGACUUACUAUCUAUUAAUAUUAGAAGCUGUUGCAGCACUGUAAAACAUUUGUAGUAUUUUUAUGAGGUUACGAUGAUGCAUCACCAAGUGCAACCAAUUUGAUUGUUUUGCUGGAAUUCUUAUUCAAUGAGUAAACUUCCUUAGACUGCUUGAUUACAUCGCAGGCCUUUAAGGAUGGCGGAGGACACACUUCAGCACGCCCUCACCCUGAACCUGACUCAGCAAAACCUCACGAACAGUACUCCCAGCGGCUUCACCGACAAUUCCUGUUACGAAAUCUAUGAAAAAGCCAUCACUUUCCAGUUUUACGCAUGGGGAGUAGUCGGAAACAUCAUCGCCGCCUACGGCAUCAUCGGCAACAUCCUGGCAAUUCUGGUGCUGCGGCAUCGCUUGAUGCGGAGCUCUACGUCGUACUAUCUGAUUUCCCUGGCCGUCUAUGACACGGGGGUCCUACUGGCUAUGAUUCUUCUGAUGGCUCUGCCCACUAUUUACUUGGAAAAGAAAGAACUUAUGGACUACUACUAUGCCUCUCAGUACAUGAACGCGUACUUGUACCCUAUGGCUCUAGUCGCUCAGACUGGGACUGUUUACACGACAGUGGGGUUCACAAUAGAGCGGUACAUCGCAGUGUGUCACCCCCUCAAGGCAGCCAACACAUGUACACGAUCGCGCACCAAGAGAAUUAUCAUUCUCAUAUUUGUCUGCUCAGUCAUUUACAACGUGCCUCGAUUUUUUGAAUACACAGUUGUGGAGAAGUGGAGCCCCCACCUAAACCGUUCAGUUCCGGAGGUGAUGACGACAACAUUAGGAAGCAACAAAGACUUCCGGCAGGUCUAUUUCAUCUGCCUCCACCUGAUCGUCAUGUUCCUCGCACCCUUUGUUCUCAUAUCUAUACUCAACAUUCAGCUCAUGAGAGCUGUGAAAAAUGCCAAGAAGACUCGAAAUAGGAUGAGUACCAACGCAGCUAAAGAGGCCAACCUCACCAUCAUGUUAAUAGCAGUGAUCGUGGUCUUUCUCAUCUGCCAGCUUCCCUCCAUCGCAGACAACAUUCUGUGGACAAUCUUUGACAAGGAUGUGUUACAUUGCAACCUGCACUACGUCCGACUGACGUCCAUCAGCAACCUCAUGGUGAACGUCAACUCCGCAGUGAACUUUAUUUUAUACUGCGUAUUUGGGAAGCGUUUCCGACGUGUCUUUAUCAAAAUUGUGUAUUAUCCAUGGAAGAGGAACGGCACACGCUACAAAUAUACUUUAUAUGACAGUUCGGGCAGUCGCCGUGGGAACAGUAUGAAGGUUUACAAUACAGAAAGCACGUUUCUCUGAGUGACAGAAACAUUCUGUGUAUGAAUUCUUCUGUGUGCUAUUUUUCAUUCCAGACAAUAGAACUUCUUAAAAAUCAGAAAACUUCCUUUUCCAGAAAUAUUUAUAAUGAAUCAUAACUAUAUUGUUAGUAAAAGAUUCAUAUUUCAAAUUUCAUCACACACCAUAACUAAUCUGUGGAAUAUGAACUGACCUAAUGGUAUCGGUCUGUAUCAACUUCAAUGUGACAAAUCCUGGUCAGGAAAAAUGUUCCUGCUCCGAUUUUACAUUAAAAAAUUACCUUGCUUA